AUGGUUUACGGCGGGUCUCGCAAGCGCUCGAGGAGCCGCAGCCGGUCCCGGGGCCGAGGGUCGGAAAAGAGGAAGAAGAGGAGCCGUAAGGACGCCCGCAGAAGUUGCUCGGCCUCGCGAUCCCGGACCUCACCUUCUCCCUGCACCACAGAGAGAAGCAAACACAAGGCCCGGAGGAGACCACGGUCCAGCUCCUCCUCCUCUUCUUCCAGUUCUUCUAGCUCCUCCUCCUCCUCGUCCUCCUCUUCCUCCAGCGAUGGACGGAAGAAGCGGAGGAAGUACAAGGACAAGAAAAGGAAGAAAAAGAAGAAGAAGAGAAAGAAGCUGAAGCAGAAGAACAAGGAGAAAGCGCAGGUGCAGCAGGCUGAGGCCCUGCCCGGCCCCUCGCUGGACCAGUGGGACCGAGCCGCCAGGGAUGACGAGGACGGCCCAGUCCUCACCGACGAGCAGAAGUCUCGCAUUCAAGCCAUGAAGCCCAUGACCAAGGAGGAGUGGGAUGCCCGGCAGAGCGUCAUCCGCAAGGUGGUGGACCCCGAGACGGGACGCACCAGGCUUAUUAAGGGAGACGGUGAAGUCUUAGAGGAAAUAGUAACCAAAGAGCAACACAAGGAGAUCAACAAGCAAGCCACUCGCGGGGAUGGUCUGGCCUUCCAGAUGCGGGCAGGGCUGUUGCCUUGA